AUGGCAGACUUCAAGAGGGAAGACAGACAAGUCCUUCAGCCCGGCACCGAACACCAUCUGCAAGAAGGGUAUGAAGAGCCCGAACCUGAAUUCAGGCUAUGGGACUCAGAGCCGCAAACCUUCACAACCUACGUGGCCAUCUUCGUCGGCAUCGUCGGCAUCUGCCUUCUGGUUCUAGCGAAAGAAAUAUCCUCUCCACAGGAAGGGACCGGCGCUCCUCGUCUCUCAGAGGACAUCCGGUCCUUCAUCUCCCUCUCAUGCAUGCAGCCAGUCGUGACACUGUGGGUGCUGACCUCGUUUUCUGUUCGACACGGUGCCACUCUGCCUUACCGGCUCACGCUGGCCAUUCUGAAUGGCUUCGUUGUAUUCAUGGUUGUGAAAGCACUACUCCCCUAA